UAUCAAGGUAAAAUUUGUGAGCGAAUAUGAGACCCAUUUUCUGCGGCAAUUUUGAGUACGAUACUCGACAAUCGGACUUGGAGCGCUUAUUUUCCAAAUAUGGAAGAAUCGAACGUAUCGACAUGAAAUCUGGAACUUCUAUUGCUAAAGGAAAAUGAGCUACUACCAUCUUCUCUGCAAUAAAAACCUCUAAUGCAAACGGCAACCUAUCUACUUGACAGUUCUACUCACAGAUGGAUUUGUUCUACAUCUCUUUCACUUUCCUCAAUGAAUAGAGUUGACAUCUCACCAGAAUAGUAAUGGUGGAAAUGAGUUCAUCAUGCCAUGCACCACAAUAAUGAUAAGGGAUCAAUGUUUCUGUUCAUCUGCAAUGCCAACCACACUAUUCAUAAGGCGAUCAAUGAGUUCUAUCAUGCCAUGUCUUCCAUUUACUGAACUCUGCUGUGAAAUUCGUCAACCAUGCUUAGCAAUGACUACUCGACUCCCCAUGGAUCUACCCAUAUUUUGCCUUCAUCAUUAUUCAUCUUUCUUUAGUUCAUCAUGCAAGGCCUCUACAUCCUUUCUUUCAUCAGAACCUUCUCAUGUUUGCAGGAUUUGCCUUCGUUUAUUUUGAGGAUGAACGCGAUGCCGAAGAUGCCAUCCGUGGUCUUGACAACUUACCAUUUGGAUAUGACAGGCGCAGAUUGUCAGUUGAAUGGGCCAAGGGUGAACGUGGAAGGCAUCAUGAUGCAAGAGCAACAAGCCAGAGACCGACUAAAACCCUUUUUGUGAUAAAUUUUGACCCAGUCCGUACGAGAGAACGUGAUAUAGAGAGGCACUUUGAACCAUAUGGGAAGGUUCUUAAUGUACGCAUUCGUCGGAAUUUUGCAUUUGUGCAAUUUGAGACCCAGGAAGAUGCCACGAAAGCUUUGGAGUGCACCCACAUGAGUAAGAUACUAGACAGAGUUGUUUCUGUCGAGUAUGCUCUGAGGGAUGAUGAUGAGAGAGGUGGAAGAUAUGAUAGCCCAAGAAGAGAUUAUGGAAGGCGUGGAGAGAGUCCUCCCCGGAGGUCACCCAGUCCUCGGUACCGCCGGAGUCGUAUGAGUCCUGAUUAUGGGCGGGCUAGAAGCCCAGUUUAUGAUAGGUACAACGGCCCUUCAUAUGCAAGGGCCAGGAGUCCUGAAUAUGGCAGAUAUCGAAAAUAAGAUGCGUCCUCUGCGUGCUCUCUGGUUAACUGGUCACCUGUCCACGGAUCAAGAACUUGAUGGAGAGAGUCCGUAUGGAAGUCCAUACUGUACUUUGGUGUGCUAGUCAGUCUAUGAAUGGAGUGUAUUAAUCUUGCAACGAAAAAACUUAUAGGCACCAAUGUUCAAUCUUCUUUGUAAUUGGAAUAGAUUUGGUCGGUUUGUUGACAAGGUACUGGUUAUUUGUAAUUGGCUUGGUGUUUGAGGAGUUUCUCUUGU